AUGCGAUAUACUUCGGGGGCCGGCGCAUUCGGCUACCACCCGCACGGCAUCAUUUCGGUAGGCUGUUUCAUCAAUUUUGCAACCUCGGUGACGGGCUUCACCGAGCUCUUCCCCGGUUUGAACAUCCGCCUCGCCACGUUGGCAUUCAACCUUAGGAUACCUUUCUUCAGGGAGUGGCUGCUGCGCAUGGGCAUCUCGGAGGAGGCAACGCCCGAGAUCCGGCACGUGCUCAAGUGCGGCCCCGGCUCCGCCGUGGUCAUCGUGCCGGGCGGCGCCGCGGAGUCCUUGGACGCGCGCCCGGGCAGUAGCGACCUCACGCUCAAGCGCCGCAACGGCUUCUUCCCGUUGCGCUUCAGCACGGGGUGA